AUGGGAGACACGGAACGCAAUCCGGAAUCGGGUGAGGAGGAAGUGGACCAACCAAUGGGAGACACGGAACACUAUGAGACUGCCCGCCUUGCUAAUUUGGAACCAUCGCACCGCCUGUCCAGAAGGCUCGACCGGCAAGCGGGGUCCAACCUUGAAAGAGGAUUAGUAACGUUGUUUGACUUGACCGAGGAGCAGCACAACAAUAAUCGGUGGGCAUCCGUUGCGUUGCUUUUUGCUGGUGUCCGAUUCUGGAAUCACCGGCGAAAUCCAUCCUCCAUAUUGGAAGCUCCUUGGGGUUUCUGUUCGUGCAGAGUCAAAGGAAGAGAAGGACAGAAGGAGGAUGCCCUCAAAAAUUUCCGGAAGCGGAGCCUCGAGCAAGACCCUGACUCCGAAGACGAGGAGGAGCGCAGGUUGGCGUUGGAGGAGGUGAAGUUCCUUCAGAAGCAGCGGGAACGGAAGCCGGGGAUCCCCGCCCUCCCCAUCGCCGAAUCCGUCCCUCGCCGCCCCGGCGAGAAGGCUGACGCCGAUGGCGAGAAGGAGGACCUCGUCCUCCAGGACACCUUCGCCCAGGAGACCGCCGUCACCGUCGAGGACCCCAACAUGUUGAAGUAUGUAGAGCAGGAGUUGGCCAAGAGGAGAGGCAAGAAGAUCGAUGCUGGUGACAAGGAAGAGAAGGAUCCCAUGGAUGAACUCUAUAUUGUGCCCGAGCAUCUCAAGGUGAAAAAGAGGAACUCAGAAGAGAGUUCUACUCAAUGGACCACUGGCAUUGCUGAGGUUCAGCUUCCCAUCGAAUAUAAGUUACGAAAUAUCGAAGAAACAGAGGCUGCUAAAAAGCUCUUGCAAGAGAAGCGACUUGCGGGUAAAGCUAAAUCAGAGUUGAAUAUUCCCUCAAGUUACAGUGCUGACUAUUUUCAACGUGGUCGAGAUUAUGCUGAAAAACUUCGAAGAGAGCAUCCAGAAUUGUACAAAGACCGAGGAGCACAAACUAGUGAAGUGGCAACCAAAUCGACUGAAACUAAUAAUCCAGAUGUUCCAGGGAGGAGGCAAGCUGCCACAGAUGAGUUCAUGCUCGAGCGUUUUCGCAAGAGAGAAAGAAAUCGUGUCAUGCGCAGAUAGUAGUAGAUGUAAGUCCGCAACAUUAUCUCAGUCAACAAGAAAGGCCAGGAGUGGCUUUUAUUUUAAGUAUUGUCUCUGUAUCAUUGUUUUGGUUCUAAGAAUUUGAUUUCCACUAAUUCAAAAAUGCAAAUUUCUUGUGAAGUUAAUGAACAUUUUUAAUUGAUAUUUGCAUUUUAUGGGAUUAGUUUGUUCUAAUUGUUGUUUUUCUUCUUCUAAGUAUGGUAAACUCUGGGCAAUAUGAAUAGUCAUGUCAAAGAGACUUAUUUUUCA